UCUCCUUACUCAUGAAAUAAUCUGAAGCUAACUCACUUGGCAAUUAAGAACAUAGAGUUAUGGGUGGUGAUGGUGCUAUACGCAGGGUUAAUGGUAUGAAGGCUUUCUUGGGGUUUCUUCUUUUACUUAGUUUACUAUGGCUUGUAUUCAAUGGGAGUCUAGCCAAGCAGGCAACAGCUUCCACCAAAACAAUCAAUCAUUUAGAUGUUUGGAAGACAAUACAAACUGAAAGACAUUAUCUUCAAAAGAAUUCAAAUCUCAAUUAUGCGAGCGGAAGAAGAGCGUCUACUGGACUCAACGCUAUUCGGAACAGGGAAGCAGGGAAGGCAGCCAGGGCUGCAACCAAAAUAGUCGACGAUAGGGCAAUCAAACCUUUAGAUGUUUGGAAGAUAAUAGAAGCUGAGAGGCAAUAUCUUGAAAGGAAUCCAAAUGUCAAUUAUGUGAGCAAAAGAAGAGUGCCUACUGGACCAAAUGCCAUACACAAUAGGAAAAUAGGGAAGUAUAGGGAGCCACCAACUCGAGCUUGAGCUUAAGAAAACAAUUGAAAGUACUCUAGUAGAGUAACAAGAUCCUUCAACAAUAUUUACAACAUACAAACAGUGAUCACAAGUAGGUGUUUCCUUAGAAUGUACUAGUAGCUCUGCAUCUAUAGGCAGACAGAUGCGGAUGUAGCCUUAUUUAAGUUGUUUAGCUAAAUCAGUAUAAUUUCGACAGUGAAUAUAAAUAUAUGUGAAAAUAAGCGAAAUUUUAACAAAUAUUAAAUUUUGAAAUCAUAAUUUUAAAAGUGCAAUGAAUUAAAAUCCAUAAAAUUUAAAUUAUGGAUCUAUAUGUGCUUAGGACUUCCGAGAUAUUGUUUGUAGAGAA